AUGGCUCCCGCUGCGCCUCAGCUGCCAUUGCGUUUCCCAUGUUGGUGUCGGGCAGUUUAUUCCUGGGGAGGAGAGACCACGCGGGAUUUGGGCUUCGUUGAGGGGGACUUGAUCGAAUGCUUGAAUGCGGGGGACGGGCAAUGGUGGAUGGGGCGCCUGCGCCGUGAUAGGCGCGCCGUCGGGCUCUUCCCAUCCAACUUUGUUGAGCUUCUCGGCGAGGACUUUGUCCCUGUGAGCCGGGAGUCAAGCCCCAUGGUUCAAGCGGGCUCUAAUCCCAUCAACAACCCUACAUCCGCCCCCAAAAAACAGAAGACCGUCUUUCGGAAACCUUUCCAAGCACACAAGGAAGCCCUGUCGCCCUCGUCGGAACUGGCUCGAAGCGGAAGUAACCCUGCCCCGGUGACGAGCUCGAUCCCGCAGACACCUCCACGAGCUGGCAGUACUCCUCGCAGUACGAAACCCCUUCGCACUCAUGCGACCGCAGUCAAAAACCAGGGCUCUUUGUCUCGGCCUUCGUCAGUGUCCUCCCGGCCGUCUUCACGAGGUGUUUCUCCCCGCGCAUCGCAAGAACCAGAAAGACCACCAUCCGCAAUGAUGCCAAAGAACAGCAUCUCAUACUCGCGACCCACUUCUCGAGAACCGUCCCCACUGCAAGUACAAGAGCGUGAAGAAUCCCCUCCACCGCCGCCACCACCACCCCACCGAGUUGCUAUCAGUCGUCCACCAUCGCGCUCUCCCCAGCCGCCGAUGCAUCAUACGGAACGGCCGAUGUACUCCCCGCAACCACCAAUUCACUCGUCUCAGCGCCAAUUGCAUUCGCCGCAGCCGCCAUCGCACUCUCCUCGUCCAUCACGCUCUCCCACGCCAUUGAUGAUGAAUGAUCGCUACGUGACAUUCUCUCGUACCCCAUCGCCAGGAGGACUUUCUGCCCACUCAGGCCAAUCCGAUGUCCAUGGGAAUACACCCUCUCCAUUGCGAGACGCCAUGGAGGAUAUCAUGACCUCACUGGAAGAUAUGGGUCUACGUCGGGAAGCUCCUUCGCCCUCUCCGCCACCGACGUUUAACAACCCCUGGUCAUCAGAUGCCUACUAUAACAUGUCUGAAAGGAACCCACCGCAAGAUCGGCGUCGACCGCUGACCUCGAUGGGCUUUGACGGGAACAAGGUGCAGCCCCACGCUGUGCAGCCCCAUAGGAAUAGUGUUUAUACGCAUGACCACUAUAUGGAUGGCCCACCUCAGCUCAAUAAUUAUGUGCAACGGAUGGAGAGCCGCCUUCGCCAGCUCGAGGACCAAAAUCGUCCGGCCGAUGACGAGGAAGGACCACCAGAGGACGACGAUGGGCCUCCCCCUCCCCCUCCCAAACACGCGACUCAGCAUCUGCGGCAAAAUUCGAUCCCAGCGCAAUAUCCCCACUUGAGAGGUCGCCGGUCCGGUCAGGAUCUCAGAGGAGAUAUACUAAAUCGAUCCUUCACCAACAAGUCCAGUACCACCAAUUCUUCUAGCGGUAUUCAAAGCACCAGCACCAAUGUGACUACCAGUACGGACAAAACCAGCCAGAGUCUGAUGAGCGGUGCCUCUGCUGGGGGUUUUAGCGCGACCAGUGCGGGUAGUUUUGCAAGGCGAAAUGGCGCCUACGAAAGACCGAAUACCGCCAUGGACACCAUUCGUUCUCGAGGCUUUAGUGACGCAGGCAAAAUAGAUCGGCCAGAAACCCCUUUGACGGGCAUUUCCUAUCACUCAAGUCACAACACAUCCCGCCAGGGUGCCUCCUCAGCUAUCCCAUGGACCUCUACUGGACAGGAUGCGGCUGAUUCUAGUGCCGUGUUUGGUGGGCUUUCCACCCCGAAGACCAAAAAGCAGGGUUUCUUCAAGAAGAUCUUUGAGUCGGCGAAAACCGGUGCUGCGAGUGCAAGAAGCAGCAUUUCGGUAGGCCACGGUAGUGGAUCUCAGUCUCCAACAAAAGGCAGUAGAGUCGCCAAUGCAGUCUCGCCGGUUCUUACGCCUCAGUCGACCCGCGACACUGCUCGCGAUAUGGGACUUGGAACUAGUGCCAUUGACUGGGUUCAGGUUCGCCGUGAUGUUAACCGGGCAUCGUCUCCCAGUCGGAAUGAGAGGAUUGAGCGGGCGGAGCGGUGCCAAAUGAUGGAUCACCCAGUCAUUUACGCUGUUGAGGAGCUCUAUGAUACUGCGGAAGGUGAUGAGAGCAUUGAUGGGUUGCCCAUCAGCGAACCCACGAAUUUCAGCUCUGGAAACCUAACCCUUGUCGAUAAAAGUGCGCGCUUUAUCAACAGUCUUCCACCAAUGACCAACCCAAUGAGCCUGGCACAGGGCUAUAUCUGCCGGCCUUAUAAGAGCGACGUGCAACGACUGCGCGCGAUUUUCACAUGGGUUAGUGAAAAGAUCGCCUGGGAAGAACCCGUCGAUGGCCUCGAAGUCGACAUGAAGAGACUCUUGCAGGCCAAACGGGGCACUCCCGAGGAGAUUGCACUUUUGGUCAACGAAAUGUGCGCGGCUGUGGGUUUGGAUGCCGAAAUGAUCCAUGGAUAUCUGAAGGGACCAGGAGACACCCUCGACUUGGAUAGCCUCUCUCGCCCCAAUCACUGGUGGAAUGCGGUCUUGGUUGACGGCGAAUGGCGCAUCAUGGAUUGCGCGUUGGCCAACCCGACGAACCCCCAGAGGAACCGGUUUGUUACCAAUAAUUCGUCUGUGGCGGAGAGUUGGUACUUCCUCGCCCGGCCGCUCGACAUCUGUUACACGCAUGUGCCUUUGCAUCCGGCGCAACAGCACAUCUGUCCUCCGAUUUCACCUGACGUUCUGUUAUCUUUGCCCACCGUGGCACCUCAAUUUUUCAAAUUGAAUGCCCAGUUCCCCGACUAUGACACCAGUCUCGUCCGCAUUGAAGGGCUGGAGGUGAUGCAAAUCUGCCUCGUGGUCCCCGCAGAUGUCGAAUGCGCUGCUGAGGUCGAGGCGCCAGCUUUCGCUUGUGACGCCGAUGGCGAUUUCUUUGAGAGCGGUGACAUUGUACGCAAGCGAGCGUUGGUUCAGCCGGACUGGUUCCGCGGCCAAAAGCGAAUUACCGUCAAAGCAGUCUUGCCGGGUGACGAGGGCCAGGGUAUGUUGAAGGUGUAUGGCGGGAAGAAGGGCCUCAUGCAUUCUAGUCGAGACAUCCCUCAUCCUCUGGCGCUGGCGCUUCCGAUAUUCCACACCGGCGAAAACCCCUCUUACGACUUUGUCCUGCGCCAUCCCACACCGCACGCUCAACGCCAUGAUCUGUACAUCAUGCAGCCCCAAUGCUCCCGGCUGGCAGUCAACAACACCUUUGUUUUCGCUGUCCGACAGCACCCCUCGGCCCCCGUUCCUGUCGGAAAGGAGGAGCCCAGUUCCAACGGGCGUUCCUCGCCGUCCGUCUUCAAUCGUCCCUCCAGUGCCCUGAGUAUGGUGUCGAGCUCUGCGGGCGUAUCAACCGUUUUCAGCGCCUCAAACGAAUUCUCGGCAUCGACCUCGGCCAUCUCAUCUACGAAAUCUGCCUCCGGCCGAGAGAAGCCUGCCAAACUGGCCAUCCAGUCCCCGUCCGGCAAGAUCCUCCGUCUCACUCGCAAGGGCGACCAGAUGGUCAACUCAGAUCAUGGGAACGACUCCGUCACCGAUGCCGCCGCCGAAGGCAGUGUCUGGGAAACCGUGAUCAAAAUCGGCGAACGUGGGACCUGGCGCGGACUGGUGUUGGCCGACCGGGUUGCACGCUGGUGUGUCUUCUGCGAGUGGGAGUGUGUCUGA